GGUAAAAGUGUGAAACAAACUGGAAAACCAAGGCCGAAAAAUCAAACUUGUUUAGAUUUUGCUACAAGUAGCCGCUGAUUGAUAGAAAGUGACACAUUAAGUUUAACCAAACUGCGUGAUAACUGUAACAUUACAAUUACAGUUUGAUUCAGAAGCGUGCGAACAUCCAAGGGAAUCUGUCAUACAAUGAAUAUGGGAUACACUGUGAGCGUGGUAGUGAUGUUGAGUUUUCUGUAUGCAGAAUCUGCCACUGCAUUACAAUGCUACGAUUGCGACAGCGCGAGCAACAGCAAGUGUGCCGAUCAGUUUGUUGCCAGCGCAUUUGCAGCGGUGAAUGGGUGUGCUCAGUGCGUGAAACAAAAAGGCGUUGCUAAUGGUGUGACAGUUGUCAUCCGCCGUUGUGGCGCGACUGUCGACGGUAAUAACGAGUGCGUCAAGAGGCCUGCAUUCGACAGUGAAGGAACGUACUGCUUAUGUAACACAGAUCUUUGCAAUGGUGCCGAAGUUGGCCGGAGUUUAAACUCCGCUAUAGUCAUACUGUUUCUUGCAACUUUUUUACGUUUUCUGUAAAGCCAUUCGGAAAAGGACUUGUUAUAACCGAAUGGCAACAUUACACGAUUUGUUCUGAGCUCCGCUUAGGAGGGUGUAUUGUCUGAAUGUGUGUGUCAAUCCAAACAGAGGGGACGCGUAUGUUAAAAUGUUAUACGUAAUUUUUUACAUUCCAUAUGAUAAGUCGGUGACUCGGUAAAUGACAGAUUUACCUACUUAUGCAAAUUCCAUACAGUGAAAUAUUAAAAAGCAGACUGUUAAACGCGUGCAAUUACUAUUGAUAUUAAAUAAAACAUAAAUAAAAGAUAAAACAUU